GUUUUCUAGGCCCAUCGGAAGCUCAAAUUCAGAAUAAACCAAACUGAUCCCAAAAGAAAAGUUGAAAAAGAAACCCAAGACCAAGACAAAUUCAAGUCAAGCUGAAAUUGAGGCCCAAUCUUAGAAUCCAAUAGUAAUGAACAAACAGUUGCCAUUCGGCCAUUGCCCUUAAACCCUUUAGCUUCAAAAAACCCUCCUCUCGAACCGUGAAAUUACGCCCACAGGCGACCAUGGAAGUAUUUCACAAAUUCUCACUUCGUCUCUUACCGGCAACUUUUAGCCUGAACCCCGCCAAAUCAGCCCCGCUGUAUCUUUCGACCAGAAUACCCGUUUUGAGACCCACAUUUCCCAACCUGGCCCCACGCUUGAUUCCCCCGAAACCUCUUUCUUCCUCAGCGGUUGCCAAAGCAGGUUGGUUUCUGGGUCUUGGAGAAAAGAAGAAAACGAGCUUGCCCGAGAUAGUUAAAACGGGUGAUCCGGUUUUGCAUGAACCGGCCAGGGAGGUUGACCCGGCUGAAAUUGGGUCGGAGCGGAUACAGAAGAUAAUUGAUGAUAUGGUUCGGGUUAUGAGGAUGCCUCCUGGUGUUGGUCUUGCAGCUCCGCAAAUUGGAAUCCCAUUGAGAAUCAUAGUGUUAGAGGAUACAACAGAAUAUAUUAGUUGUGCGCCCAAGGAAGAGAUUAAAGCGCAGGAUAGACGCCCUUUUGAUCUUCUGGUUAUCAUAAAUCCAAAGCUUAAAAAGAAGAGCAAUAGGACUGCACUAUUUUUUGAAGGUUGUUUGAGUGUUGAUGGAUUCAGAGCAGUUGUGGAGCGACAACUUGAUGUUGAAGUCACAGGUUUGGGUCGUGAUGGCCAGCCUAUCAAAGUCGAUGCUUCAGGCUGGCAGGCUCGCAUUUUGCAGCAUGAAUGUGAUCAUUUGGAUGGAACACUCUAUGUAGAUAAGAUGGUCCCAAGAACAUUCAGAACUGUUCAAAAUUUGGACCUGCCUCUUGCUGAGGGGUGUCCACAGCUUGGUACCCGCUAGCGUCCAGUCCAAAGACGCACGAGAAAUGAAGGCUUAAAGCUAGUUUAUGAGGCUUCAAAGUAAUAGAUAUGGUUUCUGGUUACACCUCUCAUUCAAGUUGACAGCAUUGGAAGUCAGUGUUCAAGGAUUUCCUUGAAUGGAAUGCAGAGUCUAUUCAUUCACGGCAUUUUAAAUAUUUGGGUUUGAGCUGUUCAUGCACUGCAGACUAAUUCAAAGAAAGUAUCCGUUUAGUGUUGAAUGCUCUUUC